GACUGCAUUUUGGCCAAGAAGGCAUUUGCAGCCUAGGGCAACACAAAUGAAGAAGUCGGAAUAUCCAUGCACGACGGUAGCCUACGAAGAAGUCAAAAUUCAUGACGUGGGAUCCGCUUCUGACAUAGCCGCAAGCAGCCAACUUCCUUAGGGGCAUCAGAAGUUGACGUGUAGGACAGAUCUGGACUGUUGUGGCAGAGACAAGGAGCUGCGUCCAUGUGCAGGCAGCUGCUGGAGCUUCGUGUGAUGGUAAUCGGGGGUGUACGCAGUCUCGGAGGGCUCCGGUGGCCAACAAUGUGGUUGGUUGCACGCCACGAGCUGGAACGUCGUUGAAAGAGCUUGCGCAGAUUUUCUCUCAUCUGCGUCUGUUUGAUUGGAUUAUAGAGAAUGAACGAACAAUCAUCGAGGCUCGCUGUGGUUCAGUAAUUGAAACACUUUGUUGGUCGAUCGCUUGAACAUCUAAUUUGGGGGGAAGUGUGGUGUUCGCGAGGAAAGCGAGGUUGGGCUUUGACGAGCUCGGCUUUGCAUCUUGACCUCGAGAAAAUGGCCGGCGCUUUGGGAGGACUGCGAGGGUUUUGGAGCUGGUAUCAAGGGAGCUUGGCGAGGCAACCGGUCCGAACGCAGGUUGUUACUUCAGGGCUUCUGUGGGCAGUGGGCGAUGUCAUGGCUCAAACUAUCGAGAUUAAAACACAGCGGAGUCGACGGGAAAAAUCCCCCGCAGUGCCGCAUGCCGCCGCAACGCCCCCGCCGGAGGGAGAUCUAGGAACUAUUACUACAAAUCAAACCCUGAACCUCAGAAGGGUAGCCACCACCAGUCUCUUUGGAUUUGGCUUCGUCGGACCGGUAGGGCAUUUCUGGUAUGAGGCCUUGGAGCACAUCGUCAAAAGCAAGAUGAGACUUGUUCCCAACUCUUUAGCAUUUGUAGCUACAAAAGUAGUUGUCGACACGCUGUUGUUUGGGCCUAUACACCUGGUGACGUUUUUCACAUACGCUGGGUUGGCUAGUGGUAAACCCUUCGAGCAGGUUAAGAAAGACCUGAAAAGAGACUUUGUACCCACAUUCAUGAUUGAGGGUUCGACUUGGUUCUUUGUGCAGAUAGCAAACUUCCGUUUUGUCCCUGUACAACAUCAACUUUUGUUUGUAAACUUCUUUUGUAUUCUAGACAGUGCAUUCUUGUCGUGGGUUAAGCACCAAGAAGAUGCUCCAUGGAAACGUUAUUUGACAGCACUUGGAUCUUCAAAAAAUGUAAAAGAGCAAUGAUCUGUAGAACAAGAGAGGGCCCUCUGUGACCACAGCUUUUUAGAAUCUCGUUUGUUCCAAACAUUAUUGAGGUUGGUAUGCUCAUCCACCGGAAGCGUGGGCUCCAGGAGCCUAUUCUUUAGCCUCAACUGAUAUGAAAGGACGAAACUUGAAGCAAUUGUAAUCUUUUGUAGUGCACAGGGCUAAUGGCACGGCGAUCAUGAAUCAAGAAUCGGGCAAUCUUUUGAAUUCUUUCCCAAUUAUCUGAAUUCUAUUCCCGGACAUUGUCAAACUCGAGUGU